AUGUGGAGUCUUGAUUCUGAAUGGUAUUCUCCGAAAAGCCUCCUCAGCAGCCCCGCUCAUUACGAUUUUCCGGGUGAUCGCUUCAUACCCAACAGGAGUUUGAUGGAUCUUGAUCAAGCGCAGAGUUUGUUGACGAAUAGGACCAGGAAAUUUCAAAAUCCAAGUUUUGAUCAAAAGUACAGGCAGAAAGUUGAGGAGAAGUUGAAUUUGGAUUCAGAAGGUAGACCAUUUAGAAUGUUAGUUUUUAGAGGAAGCCCAAAAUCAAGUAGAAAGUCUAUUCGUCAUAUUGAUGAGAUGCGAGAAGAAGAGGCAGCCGCAUUGCAGAACAGUACCAAUCAGCAUCGGAUCCGUCAAUUGCCUAAGGGAGAAGCAAGGAUAUUGGAUGCACCAAACCUAAAGAAUGACUUCUACUUAAAUAUGAUGGACUGGGGCAAGAACAAUGUUCUUGGUGUUGCUUUGGGCUCAGAUUUAUACCUGUGGAACGCAGAGACUAGGAAUGUAGUUAAGUUGUUCCAAGCCAUUGGCGGUGAUUAUCCCACGAGCGUUGCCUGGUCUGAAGACUCCCAAUUUGUGUCAGCUGGCUUUUUGUCCUCUAAACUUCAAUUGUGGGAUGCUGAGACUUCCAAAGCUGUAAGAAGUCUAGAAGGUCAUGAUGGAAGGAUAGCGACUUGUGCAUGGAAUGGUCACAUUCUGACAUCAGGAAGCCAAGACAAAUCUAUAAUCAAUCAUGAUGUAAGAGCAAGAAAUAACGUGAUUUCCCGGCUACAUGGUCAUUCAGAAGAAGUUUGUGGAUUGAAAUGGUCAGGAAGAGGCAAUAUCUUGGCAAGUGGAGGCAAUGAGAAUCUUAUUUAUAUAUGGGACUCUGCCAAAAUGAGUUCCUCCAAUUUCUUGUACUGUUUUGAUGACCAUCGUGCUGCAGUCAAGGCCCUAGCCUGGUGCCCUUAUCAGUCAGAUGUACUUGCAUCUGGAGGUGGCACACAAGAUGGAUGUAUUAAGACUUGGAAUGUACAAAAGGGAACUUGCAUAAGCAGCAUAGAUACCAAAGCUCAGGUUUGUGGGCUAGAGUGGAAUAGGCACCACAAGGAGAUACUAAGUGGUCAUGGAUUUAGUACUGGUACGCAUCAGAACCAGCUUUGCUUAUGGAGGUAUCCAUCCAUGACUAAUGUAGGAUGCUUAAACCGUCACGCUUCCAGAAUUCUCCACCUUUCACAGAGCCCUGAUGGCUUGACGGUGGUAUCAGCUGGGGCAGAUGAGACCCUUCGGUUCUGGGAUAUUUUUGGUCCACCCAGUCAAGAAGGUUCCGAGACAUCAGAGUUAGAUAACCUCUUGUCCUUGAAGAUAUCCCCAAUACGAUGA